UAUGAUAAUUGAUGAGGAAUAUAAAUUCCGAAUUUCUCUGAAACCCAAAUAUUCUUACAAUUUCAUUUACAGCACAAACUGUUGAAGAUGGAGCACGACGAAGAUGGAGAGCCACCUCUUGCUGUUCAGAUUCAAGGGAAUGAUGAAUCCAUUUCUCACCAAUCUUCUGUUGGGGUCACUCUCAUAACCGGUUAUCUUGGUGCGGGCAAGUCCACUCUGGUGAAUCAUAUUUUGAAUUCGCAACAUGGGAAGAGGAUUGCAGUCAUAUUGAAUGAGUUUGGUGAGGAAAUUGGCGUGGAAAGAGCGAUGAUCAAUGAAGGGGAUAAAGGUGCACUGGUUGAAGAAUGGGUUGAGCUUGCCAAUGGGUGUAUAUGUUGCACAGUCAAGCAUAGUUUGGUUCAAGCACUUGAGCAGCUUGUUCAGAGAAAGGAAAGGCUUGACCAUAUAUUGCUGGAAACCACUGGACUGGCAAAUCCAGCUCCUUUGGCAUCUGUUCUUUGGUUAGAUGAACAGUUGGAAUCAGAAGUGAAGCUUGAUUCUAUCGUCACAGUGGUGGAUGCUAAAAAUCUGCGCUUCCAGCUUGAUGAGCAUCGUGGCUCAUCUUCAUUUCCAGAAGCAUAUUUUCAGAUAGCAUUUGCGGACAUUAUAAUUCUUAACAAGGUUGAUUUGGUAUCUGCAGAGAGCUCUGGAGCCCUGAAGGAACUUGAGGAGGAAAUACAUAACAUAAACUCUCUUGCAGAGAUAAUUCAUUCUGUCCGAUGUGAAAUUGACUUGUCUAAGAUAUUGAACCGCCAAGCUUAUGAUACUGCACGUGCCACACAUUUAGAGACAUUGUUAGAAGAAAGUCGUUCUUUGUCUACCAAAAAGGUUCAUGAUAGUGGCGUGAGAACCAUAUGCAUUUGUGAGACACAGACGAUUGAUAUUGAUAAGACUCGAAUAUGGCUCGAGGAAAUUCUCUGGGAGAAGAAAUAUGAUAUGGAUGUAUACCGUUGCAAAGGAGUGUUAAGUGUUCAAAAUUCUGAUCAACUGCAUACAUUGCAGGCAGUGAGAGAACUCUAUGAAAUUGUUCCAGCUAGGAUGUGGGAAAAGGAAGAGAAGCGCAUAAAUAAGAUAGUCUUUAUUGGUCAUAAUCUGAAAGAAGAUAUUCUAAUUAACUCCUUUAGAGAUUGUGCAACCUGCUAAGCUGUUUUGCUCCCUUUCUGUGGGUAUUAGUUCAAUAAUCAAUUGUUUGCUCAUGAUUUUUAGUUUCAACUAAAUCACAGUAUUUUUGGAUCAUAGGAGUUUUUUAAAUCAUAGGCCAGGUUCUGGAGUGUUAUCUUGCUCUCUAUUCAUAAAGAGUUUUAGUUAACUAAUAUUCAUAGAGACUUCUAGGACAAAUUCACAAUAACUAAUAUAUAGAUUUUAAGAAAAAAUGCUUGUCUUUAUUUUCUUUUUGAAUUAUAAAAAUACUAUCUUGUUUUUACUCUA